AUGAAAAAAAUAUUUAUUAUACUAUGUAUUUUAUUAUGCAUUAUUACAUUUAUACUUUACUCACGUACAAUAUUAAAUUGGACAUUUUUACAUCAAAUUAUAACUAAUAAAAUACAAAAAUCAAAAUAUUCAUCACCAGAAAAUCGUCGUUUUGCUAUAUUUGCUUGUUCAAUUCAUUCAUACGUAAAAGCUUAUGCAUUUUAUGCACCAUUAACCGCUGCUAGUUGGCAACGUAUUGGUUAUCAACCUAUUGUUAUUUUUGUUGGAGAUUUUAAAAAAUCAAAUGUUCUUACAGGUCGAUUAAAUUUAUCACGAAAUUAUUUAAAACGUUUAGGUGCACAUGUUCUUGAUUUUCAAUGUCCUGAAUCAUAUUCAAUUAAAUUAUCUCAAUUAGUACGAGUUUUUUCGGGAUUUUUACCGAAUGAUAUUGUUCAAGAUGAAGAUUAUAUUUUGACUACUGACAGUGAUUUAUGGCCACUUGAUGCUAGCAGAUACAAACCAACACCUGGAACAAAUGGUUUUAUUUUUAAUGCUUUUUGUUGUGGAACAUUUAAACGACGAGGAAGAAAUUAUAAAAUGUAUCCAAUGGGUCAUAUAUUUUUACAAAAGAAAGUAUGGCGUGCAAUAGUUAUGGAAUCUAAACAACGUACCGAACUUCUCGUUAAUGCCGAUAACCAUACUCUAGAUUUAUUGAGUGAAAAUAAUGCUUCUUUUUCAUUUGAUACUAUAACUUUAUAUGGACGACAUGAAUUCAAAGGAGUUUAUGAUAAAAAUAUGGAUAAAGGUGAUGAAGCUUGGUAUAUGGAUCAAGUUUUAUGUUCAAUGUUGUUAAUUGAUUAUCUGGAAAGACAUCCAACUUUUAAUAUAAGUGAACGUAAUCGUGGUGAUCGUCUUGAUCGUGCAGAUCUAUUCUUUCAAUGGAAUCGAGAUGAAUUUAAUCAGUUUAAUGAUGCACAUUUAAAGCAUGAUGAAAUGUUAGAAGCAAACAAUUGGAAAAUAUUUAAUAAACUACUUAAAUUUUUAUUUAAUAGUACUAUGGUAACAUUAUUUAAUGAUUAUUAUCAACAGUAUUUAGUUCUUGACAAAAUGCCACGUCCACCACAACAAGGAACAUUUCCAACAAGACGAACAACACUGGUACCAAAACGAGAAUAG